AUGUUGCUGUCUACCGUCAAGUCGGUCCCUCUCAGCCUUCCUAGAGAAGACCAAGUCUGCGCCGUCGACGCCUCUUUUGGAAAUGUAGAGGUAAAUCUGUGCUUUCAAUCACUCAAAGCCAUUUUCAUGGAAGCCAAUGCCCAGUUCGUUCUGCAGUAUUCGAUGCCCACUUCUACACUUGGGCUGUCUACUUUAGUCCAAUUGACCGUAAACAUGUCUUUGAAAGAAGAGUAA